AUCUAGCAGACGACAUUGAAGAAGUUGGAAAAAGAAAAAUUCAAUCCACGUGUUUAGUUGAUUUAGUAAUUACUGACAUGGAGUCUAAAAGUUUCGGACUGUCCCUUUUACAGUGCUAUUCUGAUGACGAAAACUCAAAUACAGACGAUAACAGUUCAAUCCUGAAUGUUUUGACGGAAAAUCCCUCCACCAGUGGUUCAGAACAUGUUGCUAAUUUUUCCAGUUUGGAGGCUGCCAACACAACUGAAAAUGAAAAGAAAGAUGUAAAUACUAAGAUUCUUGAUGUACCAUUGGGCUUGGAGAAUCAAUCUCAUUCUCUUCAUACCAUGCAGGAACCUGUUGUGGAGUUCCCUCUCAAUUACAGAGUAAUCAAUCAUAACAGUGAUUCAGAAAGUGAAUCUAGUAGUGAUGAGAGUGCCCUAACUGUUCCAAUCGAUUUUGAUUUGAAUGUCAGCGUGGAAGAGAAUGAAAGUAAUGUUGGAACAUCCAACAAGGGAGUUCCACCUAAUAACAAAUCAAAAAUGCUUGAGGAUUUGGGUAUCCUUGACUUGGCACCUCUCGAGGACUUAAAAAUCUCUGUUCCAGAAGAAGAAUGCAUACCAAUUGGGGUUGUGCAUAAAAUAAUUGACCCUUUGGUGAUUGUUUCAGCCAAGAAAGGGUGUCCAGCUAUAGAUUUAGAUUCUGUCUUAUUCUUAGAUCAUGGCAAAACAUUCUUGGGACAGGUCUUCGAUGUAUUUGGCCAAGUCAGCGAACCGAUGUACAUGGUUAGAUUCAAUUCUUUACAACACAUUAUUGAACAAGGCAUUCAGGUUGGAAUGGAAGUUUAUUUUGCUCCGCGGACCCGUCAUACGGCCUUCGUUUUCGUUGAUGCCCUUUUCAAGCAGAAAGGAAGCGACGCGUCAUGGGAAAAUGAUCAAGAACCACCAGAAGGGUGCUUGGACUAUUCAGACGAUGAACAAGAGCGUCGAGCUAAAGCUGCACAUCGACUGAAAAAGAAUCCUCGCGGUAAUGCCGAGGACGCCGGCAAUACCGUGAAUCCUUGCAAGAAACGACAGACAAAGUUCCAUCGCUCUAGGGGCCAAGAGCAAGAGCACCUAAUAGAGCAACCACAAGUGAAUCCAUUUUACAUGCUUCCAUCUUCAGGCUAUCCACCAUAUAACCCACCUCCUAAUUCCAGUUAUUCAACUGUAGCCCCUAAUUCAAAUCUCGUUGCCCCCGUUAUUUCAACGACAGAAGAUUCGGCAAUUCCCUCACCUUAUGUUUAUCCACCAUGCAUCCCAAUCACUCAAAACCUUACUCUUUCCUUACCUUCUGGCGAAGCAGAAAAUCACACGAUCAAGUCCGAACCGAAUAAUCAAGUUUCGCUUCCACAACCUGAUAGUUCCAUUCAAAAACCGCCGAUACUUUGAUUUUAUCGUUGAACAGUGAACGAUAAAAAAAUAAACAAAAACAACUUUCUAUUA